CCCUUGCAGAAUACUGCAGAAAUGAAAGUGAAAGAGGAGCCGAGGCGAGAGAUGGAGGAAGAGACGAGGCUCUGCAAGAACUGCAAGCGCGAUGUGGCAGCUGCCAACUUCUCCCUCCAUGAGGCUCAUUGCAUGCGUUUUCUCGCCAUCUGCCCCAAGUGUGAUGAACUCGUUGCAUCAAAGGACAUGAAGGAGCACUUUGCCAAAGCCCACAAGGAGGUCAGGUGUCAGCUCUGCCAUCAGCUGAUGCAGCAGUACCUAGUGGAACGCCAUGAGUCUGAGGAGUGCCCUGAGCGGAUGGUUCAGUGCCAGUUCUGCGAGCUGGACCUUCCCCACCACAAACUGCAGACUCACCUGGAUGCCUGCGGCAGCCGGACCACAUCGUGCUGGCAUUGCAGCAAGUACGUCAUGUACAAAGCUUUGAAGGAGCACAAAGCCGUGUGCCAGGCGAGAGACCGAGGCCACAACUCCAGUGAGAACUUAUGCCAACACUGCCAGAGCUGCUUUCCUGACGAGGAAUACCUCCAGCACCUGAAUGAGUGCAACCCGCUCCCUCAGCUUCUGGGAGCCCUCACCACCCGCUCACCCACAGAGCCUGGCGGCUCUCCUUCACCUCCUCAGCGCCCUCCGACUCCCCCUGAUUUGAGCGAGGCCAUGGAACAAGGUGCCCGCCCCAAGAAGAAGGAGCUGUCUUCCGUCGGGAGGCCCUCACUGAAGCCUGCGAAGAGCAGAAAGCCGGCCUUUGUGACUACUCUGGCCUCUGCUGCACCCCAGGCCCUCGAGGAUUCCCUCUAUGACACGCUGGUGACUUGUUCUCAGUGCAACAUCCUCCUGCCCAGCCCCACUCUGCAGAAACACGAGAGAAAGUGUCGGAGAGAGACCUCCUUGCAGGUGCUUCGUCGAAGUCCUCGUCUCAUGAGGAAAGAAGAGGAAUCAAUGUGAGCCCUUCCCGAGAAAAGCGGGAAGCGAAACGUGGCAGCGGCCAGAACGAGCCUCUCCUUCCCAGCAGCUCCGUUUAGUAAAGCCCUUUGCAUCGCAUCAGCCUGAAUCUGCCUUAUUGAGAAUAAAAGAGCUACAAUUUGCAUCUGAGCCUGAGAAUGAAAAGCUGCUCUGAAGUUUAUGCUGAAGCCUCUUUGGUGUCGAAAAGGAUCUGCAAAGACCUCCCGACAAACAUCCCCCGCUCCAAGUUCUGCUGCUAGUGACCCCUGCUCCAGUGUCCCCCACCCCCCAAGAAAGAAAGGGAGGGGCUCGAUAACCAGUAGGGAGAGAUAGCAGUGUCCUGCCGAUCGAGAACAGAGCUA